GAGUAUGUAAAGAUGACAAGUGCCGGUGUAGAAAGUUACGGGCCGUCAUCACAGACUCUCACAUUCUUCGAUGCAGAGGAACAUGAUUACGGAGCUGACACACAGGCCAGCGAGUUCGGAGGGUUCACUGACUUCACCCUCCCAAGCCAGACCCAGAGUCAGCCGUCUCAGUCUGAUGCUACUGUAGACAAAGUCGGGCUCAAGGAUGCGGUCAAUGGUAUCGGCACACUGGCUUUCGACGAGCGAGAUGAGGAUGAAACUACGAUGAUGAAGGAGUUACCACAACACGCUUGCAGCUACUGUAACAUACACGAUCCAGCGAGUGUCGUGCUUUGUAACACGUGCAAGAAAUGGUUCUGUAACGGCCGGGGCUCCACCAGUGGAUCUCAUAUCAUCAACCAUCUCGUCAGGAGCAAACACAAGGAGGUAACCCUCCACAUGGACGGACCCCUUGGUGAGACCAUCUUGGAGUGCUACAACUGUGGGUGUAGGAACGUGUUCUUGCUCGGGUUUAUCCCAGCUAAAGCUGACAGUGUUGUAGUUCUGCUGUGCCGACAGCCCUGCGCCGCUCAGACCUCUCUGAAGGACAUGAACUGGGACCAGAGUCAGUGGCAGCCUCUUAUCAACGACAGAUCCUUCCUUCCUUGGCUCGUCAAGAUACCUACUGAGCAGGAGCAACUGAGGGUUCGUCAGAUAACUGCUGCACAGAUCAACAAGUUGGAGGAAAUGUGGAAAGAGGAUCCAGGAAAGACAGUUGAGGACCUUGAUAAACCUGGGAUUGAUGAAGACCCUCAGGCUGUCAUGCUCAGAUAUGAGGAUGCUUACCAGUACCAGAACGUGUUCGCCCCUCUGGUUAAGAUGGAAGCUGACUACGACCGGAAGCUGAAGGAGUCUCAGAGUCAGGAUAACAUUGUGAUCCGGUGGGACAGAGGUCUCAACAAGAGGUGGAUAGCUUACUUCUCCCUUCCUAAACAAGACGGCGAAAUGAGAAUCAUGCAAGGAGACGAGCUUAGACUACGAUACUGCGGUGACCUCAGGAAGCCAUGGACUGACGAAGGUCACGUGAUCAAGAUUCCAAACUCUUUUGGUGAAGAAGUUGGUUUGGAGUUGAAGGGGAUGACUGACGUGCCGACUGAAUGUACUCGGAACUUCAGCGUUGAUUUUGUUUGGAAACCAACUAGCUUUGACAGGAUGCUAACUUCUCUCAAGACGUUUGCGGUGGACGAGACAAGUGUGAGUGGGUUCCUGUACCACCGACUUCUAGGACACGAAAUAGAGAGCGAGCAGAGUAUAAAGAGCACUAAUCCUAAGAGGUACACAGUGCCCGGACUGCCCGAACUUAACCACUCUCAAGUGUACGCUGUCAGACAAGUCCUCCCAAAACCUCUCUCUCUGAUCCAGGGUCCUCCUGGAACAGGUAAGACGGUAACGUCAGCAACUAUAGUGUACCACCUGUGUAGAGGAGACCGGGAGAGGGGCGGCAGAGUACUGAUGUGCGCUCCUUCCAACACGGCUGUAGAUCAGCUCACAGAGAAAGUGCACAGAACGGGUCUCAAGGUGGUGAGACUUUGUGCUAAGAGCAGGGAGGCUAUCGACUCUCCUGUUGCCUUCCUCUCUCUUCACAGACAGGUGAAAGCUCUGGAAGGUUACGGCGAGUUGGAGAAGCUGCAGACUCUGAAGGAAGACCAGGGUGAACUGUCCAGUGCUGAUGAGAAAAGAUACCGGACACUCCGUAAACAGGCCGAGAGAGAACUACUCCAGAACGCGGAUGUAAUCUGUUGCACGUGUGUGGGUGCCGGAGAUCCGAGACUCUCCAAACUCCGGUUCCGGACUAUCCUGAUAGACGAGAGCACCCAGGCUACCGAGCCGGAGUGUAUGGUUCCUAUUGUACUGGGAGCUAAACAGGUGAUAUUGGUUGGUGAUCACUGUCAGCUAGGCCCAGUUGUUAUGUGCAAGAAAGCAGCUAGGGCUGGUCUCGCCCAGUCCCUCUUUGAACGACUCAUUAUUCUGGGUAUACGGCCUAUCCGUCUGCAGGUCCAGUACAGAAUGCACCCCUCUCUGUCCCAAUUUCCCAGUGAUAUUUUCUACGACGGUACUCUACAGAACGGAGUAACGAACGCUGAGCGCGGCCCCAGCAACAUCGACUUCCCUUGGCCCAUUCCGGAUAAGCCCAUGUUCUUCUGGGUUACUACCGGUCAAGAAGAGAUAUCGUCGUCUGGAACCUCCUACCUGAACCGAACUGAAGCAGCAAACGUGGAGAAGAUAGUGACGAGACUAAUGAAGUGCGGAGUGAAGCCCGAUCAGAUCGGUGUGAUAACCCCCUACGAGGGACAGAGAGCCUACGUGGUCCAGUACAUGCAGUACCAUGGCAGCAUGCACGCUAAUCUUUAUCAGGAACUGGAGGUAGCAAGUGUGGACGCGUUCCAGGGUCGUGAGAAAGAUUUCAUCAUUCUGAGUUGUGUCCGAGCGAACGAGCAUCAAGGUAUUGGUUUCCUGAACGAUCCUCGUCGUUUGAACGUGGCGUUGACUCGUGCUAAGCAUGGCGUCAUCAUCAUUGGUAACCCCAAGGUUCUAGCAAAGCAAGCUCUGUGGCACCGACUUCUGGGUCACUUCAAAGAUGCUGAUCUGCUAGUAGAGGGCCCUCUCAACAACCUUAAGAGCUGUUUAAUGAGUUUCAGCAAGCCUAAGAAACCUCUGAUAAACAAGGAAAACCCCGGGGCUAGUUUCAUGAGAACAGCAAUGUACGACGCUAGAGAGGUGUUCAUGUCCAGUGCCACGUACGAACGCAUGCCGGGCGCGGCGCCCGGUAUCGACAUGUACAGGGACGACUACUACAAGCCGCACGAUCAGAUGGGCUAUAUUAACAGUGCUCCGAACCCGUCUCUACCCACUAACGUACCCAUACCAGUGGGUAUGUUCAUGGCAGCACCGCCUCCACCUCAUAGGAACUACUACCCGGGAACUAACAGGAGGAACAAGAACACCACUUUCAACAGUGAAAUGAAUCAGGUGUACAGUGGCUACGGAGGGUACACAGGCUCCGCCCCCCUGACACAGCCGUUGAUGUCUCAACAGAGCAUGUCUCAACCUCUUUCUCAACUGGAGCUAUCUCAGGACACGUAUGUGCUGGAGGAGUUCAAGUCCCAGCCGGGAGAUGGGUUGCUGUCUCAGGACUCCACAUUUCAAGCUGACAGACCUGGUUUCGUUUAGCGCGAGAAGUGAGACUUAUGCAAACUAGCAUACGCAACGAUCACCCCUGAUACUUCUUUUUCAAGAGACAAUCCCCGACACAUUGUCGCUACCACGGGUGCCUCCUCGCCUUGUGCGAGAUGCGCGCAGCGUGUGACGUUGUCGUGACGACACGUGCUCGCGCACACCCCUUGCGCACGUGUGUUUCCAUGGGAACGCACGUGGGUGUCACGUGACUCCAACAACAUGUCACGUGACGAUGAAAGAAGUCGAUUCACUGAAGAGCGAUGAAAUAUCCCAAGAUGAAAAGAAGAUCAGUGAUUUAUUGCGAUGUGAAGAAAGCAGAAUUAUUCUCUCCGAGUCUCUUUUGAAGUCGUCUUUUGGAGUUGGUCCUCGGGCGGUGGUUUUUAAAACAAAACUUUUUUCCUCCGAAAAGUUUGGUGUUUGAUGGUUCUAGCAUAUUUAAUAAUGCGGGUAUAAAUAUACAUCGUGCUGGGUUUCGAUGUCAUUUUAAGAAAAAAACACCAUUCUUUUCACUGUAGCAAAAACUGUAGAUUUGAUCACAGAGACAGAAAUGUAAUUUAUUAACGCCUAGUGCCUGUGUACUAGCCUAUACUAUAGGCUGUAGGGUAAAACACGCUAGAACAUUUUACUUUAUUGUGGAGAUAAUGAAAUAAUCACGGUCUUGUCCCACGCCGUAAAGAGUUAAUGUCUUAAUGCAUGAUUAGCUUUGAAAUUGUUUUACCACAUUGUUGUACUACUACUACGACCGCUCAAGCGACAAGUUUUCAACAUUGUCCUGGGUCCAACUCAUGAGAUCGAUUAUUUUUUGAAGAA